AUGGCCUCCGAAUUGCACUUCAAGGUCGAUGUAAAGGGGUGCGCGGCAGCCGCAUAUAAGAUCAACGAAGCGCGCGGUCACCUAAUGGACGCGAAGCGCGUGCUUCUCAAGAUCAAUGAUCAUCUACGCCAGAUAGACAUCAUCUGCCGUAUGCUUGGGAUUCACCCAGUGGGACCAGCUUCGCUGGCAGCACCGGUGCUGACGUUACCGCGCCCAGUGCUGCACACCUCUAUGGUAGUUCACGACAAGCCCUCGGCGAAGACUGCGCCUUCAAUGCUGUUGAGCGGCUCCUCUGACGACAUAUCGUCUCUUGCAGCAGAAGACAGCGCCGGCAAGCUGAGCAUCACUCCAUGGGGUUCUACAAAUGCCUGCACCUUCACCCCGGUGUCAAACAUGCAACACCAUGCGCACCUGAUGGUAAGCGUUCUUCCCAUUGACGUUAUAGUGGAAAAUGCUCUCAACUUUGUGGUGACCUGGUACAGGGAGGAGAGCAAGUGCACACCGCAACAAGAUCUCAUCCACAGCUGCUUGAAGGUGCGGUAUGUCUCGGAGAUAGAGGAGGAGGCUGACCGUAGCCGACUGCAUCGGCUGCUACUGACUGUGUCGGAGCAGGUAGAUCGAUUUAUCGUGAUGGACGAGUACAAAAAGUUUGUUUCCUUCUGCGUCGAUCAAGAACCGAUGUGGCUCCAGGCGGCUCGACAGCUUCAGGGGGAUAACGAGGCGCGGUUAAAGACAACCGAGAACAUCUACGCCCGCUUCCUCAUAGAGGACGUGGCUCUGAGGGAGAAGGGGCUCAUGCUUCAGGAAGCCACUGACUAUGUCGUAUCGCUGUGCUUUCUGGAGCAGGAUCAGCGGCUGACUGCCCAGGUACGCGCGGUAGAGCAUUGCCGCAACUGCCAGUUGGUACCCCAGGUGACAUCUGUGCCCUUCGAACCUCACUUGUGUCUGCACCACCAUCAACACCAUAAUGAGAGCAGUGCUACCGCUCCAGCAGGUCGCCCGACGGCGCCGCAACUGCAGAAGUCUCGCGGUGACUCCAUGGAUAGGCGCUCUGGGAACAGCAAAGGAAAAGGCUCGAAAAAGGUGAAGCCGUCGUUAUCUUCGGUGGAAGUGGACCCGUACAGAGAGCGCUGGCUGUCGAUCAUUGGGUUUCUUACUAAAGGGGAGCGAGGAAAGGCGGCGCUGCACUGA